GGCGUCGCCACGGCCGCACGGUGGCCGCGCCGCCGCGGCGCAUUCCAGUUUCAAUGGUCCGAUAGCGGCGCUACGAUCGAUAAUCGCAAGGCCCAAUGGCCGCCGCGCGCCGCCUCGGCAUCGCACACGACGGCGGGCGCCAGUCGGCUGUCACCAUAACGACCGUGCUGCUGUCGUCGUCGUCGUCGUCGUUGAUCGUCGUCGUCGAACGUCAUCGUCUGCUUCUGUACGGCUACUGUAUUCGCUUCCGGCACGGUCUCAGCUCUUCAGGGCGUACUUAGGCCCACGUCAAAACAGGCUUUAUGGACAUACUUGAAUCAUUAUUCCAAACAAAAAAUGCCGACUACAAUGCGAAAAAAGAUGGAAAAGACGAUGAAGAAGUUGCAGAUGAGGCAGAUUCGGGUAGUGACGAAGGCGAUCUUGAACUAGAGAAGCCAUCACCAAAGAGAGUUAAACGCGAAUCUAAGCCAUUAUUAGCUAAUCGAAGAAGUCGCCCAGAACGUGGUAAAUUUACGAUUCUUGACGGUACAUCGGUUGCUGAACCCGAUGAGAUUCUCGAUAUUGAUUUCGAUGCCGACUUGCUCCAAAGAAUUUUUCGCGAUUCAAGAGUAGGAAUACAAUUUUUGGCACGUUAUGGAAUAAUUCCAAAUACCAGAGAAUGCAAAAUCGAAAGUUGUCCAAAGGAACAGCUGAUGAGUCUAAUAAAACAUGCUAAUGGCUUUGUGUGGCGGUGCCGUUCGUGUAGAAAACGACGAGAACGUCGUGUUAUUACAAAAAUUUCUGUGUAUGAGGGGACAUUUCUUUUCUUUUCUCGAAUGCCAAUGAAUAAGUUCUUCAUCUUCAUGCUUGUCUGGUGCGAAAACCCCGGUUAUACUGCAUCCGAGUAUAACCGUUUGCUAGGCGAAUUUCGCCUGGUUGAGGAGACUAUCCACAACACCAUAGGGUUCAUAAGGGAUCACAUCCAAAGCUGGUGCCUCCUACAAGCUUCCAGCAACCCAAUAGGCGGAAAAGGCACAACAGUCGAGCUGCUCGAAACGCUUCAUACAGAAGAUGUUUCCGCAAAACACCGAAGUCGCCGAGAGCGUCGUUUCACUAUGAGACUGGUGCUCAUCUGCUGGAAUACCGAUGAACUCGUGACAGUUGAACUACCUGACCGACAGUUCCUGCCAACCACCCUUGUGAAAGCUGUCGAGAACCAUGUCAAACCAGGCACUACAGUUGUAAUGCGUGAUUUGCUAAUGAAGAAGUUCGGCGAAAAGGAGGACCUUGAAACCAUGCUCGAAGAUUACACAUUGAAGACUAUAGCUGAUGUCUGGUGUGACAUGGAUGAAGAAGAACGAGACAAACAAUACAUGAAAACGCUCAUGGAAUCUGUGCAACCUCUUCCUGCCGAACCAUUCGCCUACGAAUACUAUUUUCGCCGAAGAUUCAUGGACAAACCAUUCAAUAAUCUUCUCAAAGCAAUUCGAGAGCUGUAUAGCUCACACCACACUACAAAUUCCGAAGCAUCCACGUUAUAGUAAGAUAUUCCCUAUUCUUUGUCUGCAUACGCUAUGCACAGGGCCGGUUCAACCAGUUCGUAAUCAAACUAGAGUGCAGCCAGCUCGCUGCAAAACGUUUUCAUUUACUUCCGUUAAUUUCGCCUUGCAGAGUUUUCACAUUUAUCCUAUUUAAACCUCUUUGGCAGGUAUAAUUUGUGAUUCUGUUCCAUUGUGAUCAAAUUGUUGCCUUCUUCAGUCGUGUUCAUGCGAUGUUUAGAAGACGGGUGUUGUAUAGAUUUCGAAGACAAGAUAUAUCAAAAAGUUUCUCUCAGAGUAACAAAUCCCACAGGUUUUCUCCCUAGAUUCUGUUCCAAUAAAGAGUUGUGGUUA